CCAUUCAUUCAUUGUUCCUUACUUGCGGUUCAGUUGUUUGCCUGAUUUUUUCUUCUUCUGGAAAACGCCAGUGCGUAGACUAGAUUCCAGUCGCCAGCAUGGCGGUUUCAUCAUUCCAGGCUGCGGUGAGGGGGUGCCACGUCACAGACCAGGCAAAGGUGUUGCCUUUACGCCCAUGUCGUGCGGCUGGGAGUUCUGUUAUUAGAUUAACGAAGCUACCGCUCUGGGCGAAUGGCCACAACAGCCGUCUGGCCUUAUCUUCUCCGCCUAAGCUGGGGGGGAAUGGCUCAGGUACUGCUGGUCGGGAGGUGUGCGGAUGUGCUUCGACGAAGAAGUGCUCCUCUACUUUCCUCUCUCGCCCGAUCUUCGACUCGUCGUAUGGUUUUGAAUGCCUGUGUGAACGUGGCAUUUGCAGAGAAGAUGGCAAUCGUUGCCUCCGCAGGACGAGCGAUAUGUCGUCUCCUCGACUGCGACGGGGGAGGAGAUCGGUGGGGCUUGCGGUUGCCCAGGCAACGCCGGCAGCGUCCACUUCUGCUGCUGCGGCAGCUGAUACCGCUUCCCCUCCAGCACCGAGUGGCUCGCUGGGAUUGGAAGUGGUGGAGUUGGAGGAGCCUAAUUCGCGGGUGCGACUGCACAUCACGGUCCCUGCGGCAGUCUGCGCGGAGGCGUAUGAUGAGGUCUUGAAAGAGCUGAAGAAACGGACCAGGGUCCCAGGGUUCCGGAAAGGGUAUGUCCCGGACAUGUUGCUGGUGAACUUUGUUGGGCCCAGAGUCAUCUCAGCGUCGGCAGUGGAAUCAGUUCUAAAGCGCACGCUUCCCGAGGCGAUGUCUUCCGUUGCAGGGCGCUCGUUGAAGGACUCUGAGCACAUCGUGACGAAGAUCGACGAUCUGCACAACGAAUACGAUAGACUGAAGCCACUUAGCUAUGAGGUGGUCGUGGACGUGCUGCCCAAAGUCUCAUGGAUCCUCGAGGACGCGUAUAAGUUCCUCAGCGUCGAAGUUGAGGUGGAUGGCCCGGAAGCCGUCCAGGCUGCUGCUGAUGCAGAGCUCAGGUCACGGCAGAAGGACUUAGGCACGCUAAGGAUAGCUCCUGAUCGCGCCCUUGCCGUUGGCGAUGUGGCGAUUCUCGACGUCUCUGCACGUCGUUUGGCUGAAGACGGGACGCCUGGGGAAAAGAUCCUCUCUGUCGAUCAGAAGGGUUUCCAGCUCGACACGUCCGAAGCUGAGGUUCUCCCCGGGUUCCUCGACGCCGUCAAGGGGUUGCGAAGAGGGGAGACGCGCGAGUUCAACCUCACGUUCCCAGCUAAAUGGGAGCCUUCGGUGUUGCAGGGAGUCAAGGCCCUGUUUACUGUAGACCUCAAGGAACUGUUUUAUCGCGAGGUUCCAGAACUGGACAAUGCCAUUGCUUCGAAAAUUGUAGAAGGCUGCACGACGAUCGACGAAGUGCGAUCUUCGCUGCUGAGCAAGUACCAGAAGAAUGCGGAGGACGCGAAGAAACGCGCGGCGCAGGAGGCGGUUGCUGAUGAGCUUGGCAGGGUGUGUGUUGCGGAGAUCCCCCAUUCGUUGCUCGAGGAGCAAGGUCGGCAGAUGUACGCAGCAAAGCUGCUGGAAAUGCAGGCGACCGGAAGACUUUCCAAAGAGCAGGUGACGCAAUUAUCGGCAGCGGAGAUGGUUCAAAACUUUCUUGUGGCGCAGAAGGCACAGAUAUCAGAAGCUGUGAAGAAAUCGUUCGCCGUUAGCGAGGUGUUUAGUCGGGAAGGGCUGGCAGUGACGGACGAAGAGCUGAACGCUGAAGUAGAGGGCGCAGUCGCAGAUUUCAAGCGAUAUAACCAGGAGUAUGAUGAGCAGAGAAUCCGGGAACAGGCGCAGGAAGUCUUAGAGGGUACCAAGGUUCUCAACUGGCUUGUCGAGCACGCGAACAUCAAGUACAUUGAGCGGAAACAAUAACGCACGUAAGCAUGCAUCAAGGUCAAGUACAUUAACCGGAAAGUCCCGUACCCGAUAACGACAUCACCUGCGGAAAGUAGGAAACAGGAAAACUUAGCAGGAGCAGCGGCAGUAGCAGAAGCAGUAGCAGUAGCAACAGCAGAAACAGCGGCGGAAUGGAAGGGUCUUUUUUUUGUCUUUUCUUUUCUGUUCUUGGCAGUCGAGCAACUUUACAAUUGUCCCCUUUUCUCUUUCGUGUCUACGUCUCUCUGCUGUCUUGUGGCUUUCUCGGGAGCGUGUGCUGCAUUUGUCCCACUUGACAUCCGACUGUGUUUGUGUCUUGCGAAUCAGCGAAUCUAGUCGUACAGCAAUCAUUUGCGAGCUCCUCUUCCUGAAAGUCCUGGUUAGACUAUCUUGUCGUCUGUCAUUUCUUCCGAUCUUUUCCGUCUUCUAUUUAUGCGCUUUUAGUGAAUUUGUGCGAAUGUUGACGAUUCCUUCUUGCGAGCCUGUUGAGAAUUAUGUGGUACUUUUGGGAACAUGCGGUGCGGAUGAGUUUGACACGAGUACUCGGUUGCUGUACACUGAAAGAACAGUACAAAUGAGUUUGUAACUGUGAAACUUACGAUGGGUAUCGUGUAGACUCUGGGGCAUGAUAUGGCUUUUGGGGAAGAGCGAGGUUGCCUCUGUUAUGUUGGAAGAUACGGAAUUGCACAUGGAGAGAUGUAUGAAACUGGAACUCGCAGCAGUUUUGCUGAAAUCGGCGUGUAGCACAAUUGAGCCUUUCCAUGGUCUCUGUCUGUUAGAUGAUUGUUUUGCCAUUGGUAGACAGCAGAUCUAGCCAUCAGUGUGAAGCCUCGACAUCUG